GCGGUCCGUUGACUUUGACUUUGAAUUGUCUCCAAAACGCCAACUACUCCAACAUCCAUUGACUUUGUGGAGAUUGGCCCCUCAAGUUAUAACUCCGUCGCAGAAAUCGCUUAAACGCCGUCAACUCGGCCCAAAAAAAACGCCUUUUAUAUACAUACACAGGCAAUCUCUCUCUGUAUUUUCCAAAACACACAAGUCGUAUAAUUUUUGUUUCCAUAUCGGCGAGAGAUUCCAAGAUUUUUGGGGGGUGGGUCCUGCUUUGGAGAAUCCCACACAUUCUUUAUAUGUCUGGAUCCUCGCCUUUUCGGUUUCCUUGAAUCUCUGAACUGCAUUAUCUUUUUUUCACGGACCUAAAAGAUAAAGAUGGAGAGCGUGAUGGGGAGUGGAGCUUGUUGGUGGGAGGAGAUGAAAAGAGUUCUGAGGGGGGUGGGAAAGGAGUGGGGAGACGUGGUGGAUGAUAUGGAGUGCGUGGAGGUGGUUCCCCUCAAGGGAGCGAUGACCAAUCAGAUUUUCCAGAUCAACUGGCCCACCAUCAACGGCGAUCUUCACCGGAGAGUGCUGGUUCGCAUCUACGGAGAGGGCGUCGACGUCUUCUUCAACAGAGAAGACGAGAUCAGGACCUUCGAGUGCAUGUCUCGCCUUGGCCAUGGACCCAGGCUCCUCGGCCGCUUCUCCCAUGGCCGUCUCGAGGAAUUCAUCCACGCCAGGACUCUUUCUGCGGAAGAUCUCCGUAAACCAGACAUAUCAGCACUCAUCGCGGCCAAACUGAGAGAGUUCCACCAGCUGGACAUGCCCGGUCCACGUCACGUUCAUCUGUGGGACAGACUCAGGCGGUGGGUGAAAGAGGCCAAGAGGUUGUGUUCGCCGGAAGAGGCUGAGGAGUUUCGGUUGGAUGGUCUUGAAGAAGAAAUAUGUGCGUUGGAGCAGAGGCUGACAUGUUCUGGCCAUGAGAUCGGCUUCUGUCACAACGAUCUUCAGUACGGCAACAUCAUGAUUGACGAGGAAACCAAUGCCAUCACUAUCAUUGAUUACGAGUACGGGAGUUUCAACCCAGUUGCUUAUGACAUUGCAAACCACUUCUGUGAAAUGGCAGCAAAUUACCAUUCGGACACGCCUCAUAUCUUGGACUACUCUCUGUAUCCAGGAGAAGAGGAACGCAAAAGGUUCGUCAGCACGUACCUGGGCUCCUCAGACAAGAGAACAAGAGAGGAAGAAGUGGAGAGAAUCUUGAAAGAUGCAGAGAGUUACACUUUGGCAAACCAUAUCUUCUGGGGCUUAUGGGGAAUCAUUUCGGGGAUAGUGAACAAAAUUGAGUUCGAUUAUAUGGAGUACGCAAGGCAGAGGUUUGCUCAGUACUGGCUCAGGAAGCCCUCCCUCCUCCUGCUUGAUGUCCAUUCACCUUGAUCCAUCUCCCCCAACACAGUUGUAUACUCUAUUUUUUUUUUUUAAAAAAAAAAAAGCAUAGUCAGCUAUGUGAAUCUAAGCCUUUUUGUAGUCUUUUACAACUUUUUUUUUGUGUACAAAAAAAAAACAUUUUAAGGCCAUAAUUUACUCAGGACAGGACUUGGGCGAAUGAAGCCAAUGUGCGUC